UUUCUUUUGGUGAUUCAAAUCUCUAUAUAAUCAUAUCAAUUACAACAAACACGACUCCUCAUUAUUACUCAUUACACAACACAAACAAUGGCCUACAAAUCUCCCCUCUUCCUCUCCAUUCUCCUCUCCUUUUCUGCCAUAGCUUUCUCCGAUGAUGCAGAUUGUGUGUACACGGUGUACAUCAGAACAGGGUCGACCUUGAAAGCAGGGACGGACUCGGCGAUUGCCGCCACGCUCUACUCGGCGGAUGGGGACGAAGUCCGGAUUAAGGAUCUGGAGAAAUGGGGCGGGUUGAUGGGACCCAACUACAACUACUUUGAGAGGGGCAAUCUCGACAUUUUCAGCGGGAGAGGUCCAUGCCUGAGCGGACCGGUGUGUUCACUAAACCUGACGUCCGAUGGAUCGGGUCCGCACCAUGGGUGGUACUGCAACUAUGUGGAGGUUACUACAACGGGUGUCCACAGGCCGUGCGAGCAAGCGUUGUUCACGGUGGAGCAGUGGUUGGCCUUGGAUGUGUCGCCUUAUGAGCUGACCGCCAUCCGGAAUAACUGUCUGAGUGGGAGUGGAAUCCAGCGUGAUUUAAAAUUGGAGUAGGUGGUGUGGGUAUAAUUGAUGUGAUAGACUUGUUGUAGAAUAAGGGCUUAAUCGAUGAUUGAGCAGGAUUUUUGUGGAGUUGUGUUAUUGGUAUGUUGGGGGAGAAGUAGUAGUUGAACGGAGAGGAGUGUUUUCUUUUUGAUCCGAUCUUUUGUUCGUAAGGAAUGAUGAACAAUAAUUGGUUUAAAAUUUA